AGAAUGUAAGCAUUUCUUUUCACUAUAAUUUCUUUAGAAGGAAUCGGAAAAAUAGCUCCAACCUUCAUUAUUUAAUUAAAAAACAUGAUUUCACCAUGUCUGUAAAGAAUUAAUAAUAGAGAGGUAUUACAAUUGCUGCUUAAUAUUCUAGUAUUGUAUUUAGUAUUAUAUCUCAGUAAUGAGCAAUAUGAGGGUCCUAACAAAGAAAUGUGUAAAGGAAUCACAGGAUUUAUAUGCUCUGUUAAAUGUAGCCUUUUGAUACUUUUAUUUAAAUUUAUUUGCACAGAAAUAUAUUUGUUGGAUUAACCUUGAGCAGCACAAUAUUGGUGAUUUUUCAGACAAUGUGUGUUUGGGACAAGAGGGCAGAACAUGAGCUCGCCUUGUCAUUCAAGUGAAAAUUCUGAGCUGAAUCUGUAAUUCUGGACUCCAUUCGUGAGCACUUCUCUGUGGCAAUUAGGAGCCUAUUACAAGCCAUUAGAUUGAUCAAUGUACCUUAAACAAUGGGAAUGAUUUAUUUGGUCGAACAAAACGCUCUGCAUCUAUUGUGAUGAGUCUAAGUGGGGGUGCAUCCAUCAACAAAAGAUAAAUGAUUAAUUCAGACCUAUUCAUUUAAAUUCUUUCUACAAAGCCAGCCUCACUUGCCUCAAAUCCAGAUUAUUAGAGCCUCAUUUUCUGCAUGUUAAACUAGACAGGCUGCUGGAUUGGGCAAUGGUGUUUGGUUGUGCCCCUGUGUGCUUUAAUUUGUAUUUCUGCACAGGCAAGUUUAUUUGAGGAUGUUUAACUAAUUGUUGUAAUUUCGUGUGCUCAUGUGGCUACACCUGCGUCUCCCAAAGGGGGCUGGAAAGAGCUACGAGUGAGGGGAUGUUUCACUUUAUUUCUGUGGUGCUGAAGCUGCACAUUUUUAUGUGAAAAUUCCACUUGUGUCAUAGGGAAUCAGCGGAAGCUCAGGAAAUAGGAAAAUGUGUAUAGGUUUUGUCAAGAUGUUUUGCUUAGUGUAUCUUCUUUUGCUUUCAGAUAUUUCUGCGUUGUAAAAUUUAUUCUAUUCCAUUGCAAAAAUAUAAAGAUAAUGUUUAAAAAAAAAACAGCUUGUCUUCUUGAUGUCUUACUUUAAAUGACAAGCUCUGCAUUUCUUCUACCACUUAGUUUUUUUUAUUUGUGCAUUAAGGUUGCCAGCUCAUUCUUUUUUCUGUGACAGGUAAACAAGCCACAGUAAGAAAGUGGAAUUGACAUAUAUUAAAGUAUAGUUAAAUAAACUGUUUUACAGCAGGGAUUUAUUGCUGUAAGAUGUCAAUAGGCUAUAAAACAAAAAGAAUUGGCAAAAAUUGCUUGGACCUGUCAGGAUUGAGACACAAUUCAUGAACGUCUUCAGUUAGUCGACUGUCAGGACGGAUUCUAAUAAUAAUACAAACUGACAGUACAGUCAAACCUCUGAUAAAGAUGAUUUUUUUUCUUUUAAUGCCCGCUUUUCAAUAGUACUAUGCAGGGUGGAUCUUAAAGAAGCUUGUCAACCCACAUCGAUAUUAUCGACAGCUAAAUUUGGAGGUGCUGGUCAGCUUGCCAGCUUACAGUGUCAACUUUCAUUUCCAGAGGCUGCAUGUUCUAUUUCGAGCGCAGGGAGCCAGCUAGAUGAAGUGCAGUGGACUGGUUUCAUUUGAGGACUUAGCUUAGCUCAUUUUCUGUCAAUGAAUGUGCUUUUCUGAGUUUGCGAGCUGUCGUGGAAGUCGGUAAAACCUGAGGUGUGAGAAAUGGCUCCAAAAAAGGGCAAGGGAGGUGAUGUACCAAAGCCACCACCACUGAUUGGAAGGUUUGGCACCUCACUGAAAAUAGGAAUUGUCGGCCUGCCCAAUGUUGGGAAGUCAACCUUUUUCAACGUGCUGACAAAGAGUCAGGCUGCGGCUGAAAAUUUCCCCUUCUGCACCAUUGACCCAAAUGAAAGCAGAGUGCCCAUUCCAGAUGAACGCUAUGAUUUCCUCUGCCAAUUCCACAAACCUGCCAGCAAAAUCCCAGCAUUCCUCAAUGUUGUUGACAUUGCUGGUCUGGUGAAAGGUGCUCAUGCUGGUCAAGGCUUAGGAAACGCCUUCCUGUCCCACAUCAGCGCCUGUGAUGGCAUCUUCCACAUGACACGUGCUUUUGAGGAUGAGGAUAUCAUCCAUGUUGAGGGGACAGUGGACCCAGUGAGGGAUAUGGAGAUCAUCCACGAGGAGCUGAGGCUGAAGGAUGAGGAGAUGAUCGGCCCUAUUAUUGACAAGCUGGAGAAGACAGCCAUUAGAGGCGGUGACAAGAAACUCAAACCAGAAUAUGACGUUAUGUGCAAAAUAAAGAGCUGGGUAGUGGAUGAAAAGAAACACGUCCGCUACUAUCACGAUUGGAACGACAAGGAGAUCGAAGUGUUGAACAAAUACUUGUUUUUGACGUCCAAACCCAUGAUCUACCUCGUUAAUCUCUCUGAGAAAGACUACAUAAGGAGAAAGAACAAAUGGUUGGUGAAAAUCAAGGAGUGGGUGGACAGUCACGACCCGGGAGCCUUGGUCAUCCCCUUCAGCGGCGGCCUGGAGAGCCAGCUACAGGACAGCAGUGAAGAGGAGAAGCAGAAGUACUGCACAGAGCACAAGACGCAGAGUGCUCUGAGCAAGAUCAUCAAGGCAGGCUACGCCGCCCUGCAGCUGGAGUACUUCUUCACUGCCGGACCAGAUGAGGUCCGUGCAUGGACCGUUCGGAAAGGAACUAAGGCUCCGCAGGCUGCGGGGAAGAUCCACACAGACUUUGAGAAGGGCUUCAUUAUGGCGGAAGUAAUGAAAUUCCAGGAUUUUAAAGAGGAAGGCAGUGAGAACGCUGUCAAGGCAGCUGGAAAAUACAGACAACAAGGACGAAACUACAUUGUUGAGGAUGGAGACAUCAUCUUUUUCAAAUUUAACGCACCGAAUGCACCAAAGAAAAAGUGACACGAGAACAAUAUGUUUGUUUACAUAACUGACUGUCUUGUUAUCUGUUUUUUGGCUGAUACCCACUUGCCACUUUCCCACUUUUUGUUUUCCAUUCUGUAGGAUUGAAUCCCCCCCUUCAUGUGCCAAAGCACAGGUUCAGUAAACUCUGACAGCUUUGCUAUUUAAGAUCAGGAUCGGCCCCCACUCCAAAUUGUAGCAGCAUUUGAAGGAGCAUAUUACUCUCCAGAUACUUCAUUAAUCUCCAUCACGGGUGCCAGCACUGACACAGCUGACAGCGGGGACAAUGCCACCUGCUCCUCUCCCCCUUCUGCAGAUAAUGCAUGUUUUACAGUAGCCCAGAUGUCUACACUCAAUAAAACAUUUGACAAAACCA